AACAUUGCCGGGUUCGGACCGAAGGAGAUAUUUAUGACAGUUCAAGCCAUAAUUCAGUCUCGAGAGGAGCCAAUCUUUAAAGUAGUUCCGAAAUGAAGCACCAACAAGUUACGGUGGACUACUGGACCAUGUUUAAGACAUCAGGGAUGUGCCUGCUACUGGCUGUAUGCGGAUUUGUUCUCCUUAAAAUGGUGCAGACCAUUUUCUGGCUACCCGGACAUCUGAAGAAGAACCAACAGCGUCUUGAGGAACUGGCCAAACUGUAUGCCAAGGAUAUUGGCGAUGAUGAACGGGCCGAGAUAGAGAAACUCUUCAAUAGUGACGAGCCCAUGACAGAGGAACGAAUUAACCAGUUGUUGGACAAGCCAGAAACCUCAGAGCCCAAAAAGGAGCAAUAGUUUAAAUAAAUAGAUUUUACACAUUCUUUAUAUAUAUAUAUAUAUAUAUGUAUUUUUAUGUAUAUUGAGUGUAUAAUCGAUAAUUUCUUGAUACAGGUUCUAGUUCUUAUUUGCAUAUCGUAUAUGUAACUCGCAACACAAUCAAUCAUUUAACCAAUCCAUCAAUAAUGCAUGCAACGCUCAAUUAUUCGGGGGAGAACAUAUAGAGUAAUAACUAUUUACGACAGUCGCUCGUCUGUGGAGCGGUUAUAACCAUAUUUGCUACUGAUAUAGGCGGACUCAGAGCCCUUUCCUGCUUCAAUCGGUCGUCCGUGGCGGCUCAUCGAUUUUGCCAGCCACCUCAACCUCAACCUCAUCGUCAAUCUCUCAAUGUAUCUAACUAACAAACUCAUAUCAAAUAUAAGCAAGUGUGCCAAUUCGUAUGCAUACCGUGGACAUAUA